GCAGGACAGAGACAGACCGUCAGAAAAAGAAGCACAGCAGAGAGGAGAGGGGGGGAGGCAGAGUGAUAGCGUCAGUGUCUCUCUUGCUCCCUCCAGGCUCUGUGCAUGCAUGCUUUCUACCAGUCAAAUUUCCAUCCUGAAGGGACUCAACAGUGUGGCGUUAAAAUCCUUGAAUGAUGGACUACUAAGCGAAACCUCAGCCACUCAGACUUAUCACCUUUGGGCACUACGCUGCCUUUUGGGAUUGACAUUACAAAGCCCUACAGGGAAGGACAGCACUCCGACAGACCCAAGGAUCACUGAGGAAUGGUCUUUGUCUAGAGGAUAUAAGAUGGGAUGUGACUGAGGAAGAAAGCGAGGGACGGCAAUAACGAUGGGAUAUGACAUAAUUCUCUACUUCAAUCAAUUCCUCUCUCGCUGUUUGAGGAGGGGAAAGCAGGAGUGAGAAGUGUAUGAAUGUCCAAGACUCAAGAGAUCAGUCUGUUGGUGGUGUCUACAUGGCCUACAUCUCUCAAAGGUUUCUGACCUUUGAUGCAACUUUGCCCCCCCUUUGAUCACGUGGAAGUGAAGGGUUUGACAAGCUUGUUUUCUACAUCUGUUGGAACCUCCAGUCCAUUCUGUCAUCUCGUCUUUCUCCUUUCCCUGUUCUCUGGAAUAUGAAAUGACAAAUCUGACGUGGUCUGAUAUAAGAUGCUAUGGACCAUAUCGGGACCUUCACCAUCUCCAAUGAGAUAAAGAGCUGAGUGUGAAAGACGUACAAUACCUGAAAAGUGGAGAGUAGUGGAGAAAGCAGGAUUGUUCUGGCACUGGCAUCAUUUUCAGGCGGGGAUGAGACUAGAGGCAAUGGUCCAAGCACAACGGACAAUGAAGAGACAGAGCUAUGCAUGAAAGAAAGCAUUGAUCUUGGUGCACCGCACUGAUGUUGCAAACCACAUGCCCCCCAAUGAGGGGCGGGUGUGCGUUGCUUUCUGUGUUUCACAAACAGACAAUUCCCUUUGCCUGAGUGAAGCCAGUGUACCCAAAGCUUGCAGAACACUUUUUAUUGUAUGACGUUUUUUCGAUAUGUUCAGAAAGAACGGUGCAAAUCAACUGGACUAAGUGAAGCUUGAUCUUGUCAAGUCCGAAUAUGGUGGGGUGGUUUGACGUGCUCCAACAAGUUCAUUGUGGCCACUUUGAUUGCUGCUGAGCUGGAGAGGACACUGCUGGGAGGGAGUGGCCUCUUCCUCUCAUCAGGAUAAUGCACACAUCCCCAGUGCUGAUCUCUGCAGCCACCAUGAGCAACAUGACAGUGCUUGACACUGCUGACUCCUAUGACCUUGACAUGACCUCCUCCGAGGCCAUCUACCCCAUUAGCUUCCAGGUUUCUCUGACUGGCUUCCUGCUGUUGGAAAUAGUUUUGGGCUUAAGCUCCAACCUCACUGUGCUAGUCCUCUACUGUAUGAAACAGAACCUCAUCAGCUCCGUUUCCAACAUCAUCACAAUGAAUCUACAUGUGGUGGAUGUGUUGGUGUGUGUAUGCUGUAUCCCACUGACAGCCGUGGUGGUGUUACUUCCUUUGGAGGCUGAUACAGCCAUGAUGUCCUGUUUCCAUGAGGCCUGCGUCUCCUUUGCAAGCGUAGCUACUGCUGCUAACGUCCUGGCUAUCACUGUGGACCGCUAUGACAUCUCAGUACGGCCAGCAAACCGCGUGCUUACGAUGGGCCGAGCUGUGGCUCUCUUGGGAUCCAUCUGGGCUUUAUCCUUUUUCAGUUGCCUGGUUCCCUUCAUGGAAGUAGGCUUCUUCAUUAACUCUAGUUCGGACCUUAUGAACCAGACAGCAGUGGUCACAGUGGGUCAAACAAAUGAGUACUACACAGAGCUGGGUUUGUACUAUCACCUACUAGCACAGAUCCCUAUAUUCUUUUUUACAGCUGUGGUAAUGCUAGUGACUUACUACAAGAUCCUUCAGGCACUUAACAUUCGCAUUGGAACACGCUUUCAGCACAACAUACCUAAAAAGAAGCAAAAGAGCAAAAACACUAUCUCUUUGAGCACUGCGACACAAGCUGAGUCGACUGAUGCUUCGCAGAGCAGCACAGGAGUCAGGGCUGGUGGGAAUGCACCUCUGGGCAUGCGGGCAUCUGUGUCAGUCAUUAUUGCGCUAAGACGGGCAGUAAAGCGUCAUCGGGAGAGACGGGAGAGGCAGAAACGAGUCUUCAGGAUGUCUCUUCUCAUCAUCUCCACAUUCCUACUUUGCUGGACUCCGAUAACUGUGCUCAACACGAUCAUCCUCAGCACUGGGCCCAGUGAUUUGACUGUUCGUCUUCGUUUGGGCUUCCUCGUGAUGGCCUAUGGAACCACUAUUUUUCACCCACUCCUCUAUGCCUUCACUCGGCAGAAAUUCCAAAAGGUUUUGAAAAGCAAGAUGAAGAAGAGGGUGGUGUCUGUAGUAGAAGCGGACCCUACACCAAACAAUGUGGUCAUCCAUAACUCAUGGAUUGACCCCAGGAGAAACAAGAAGGUCACCUUUGAGGAUACAGAAGCCAGACAAAAAUGUCUAUGCUCACAGGAUGCAGAGUAGUGGGAUAAACUAAAAUGUAAAUAUGUCAAAUGUGUACAGUAAAGGGGAAUUGGUUCCAUCAACUGAUAUAAGUGAAGUAACAGAUUUUAAAAAAUUGCGUUUUAGAGACAGAAAUGAUUUUAUGCAAGUAGAGGUGGAAAGUGUUUUAAAAAGACGUAAGAAAUGUGACUGUGAUCGAGAAAUACACUGUAAGCCUAAACAAGCUAAACAAUGUGUGCUCAUAACGCAUGAGUAUAUAAAUCUUGGGCAGCUUAUUAAAUCAAUACUAAAAUGAUGACCUCAGAAAAGAAUACUUGUCUCCUGAGAUCAGAAAAAUAAAAGACGAGGAGUUCCUUAAAAUAAACAUCACAAGCAAAAAGGGAAACUACCAGCAGCUGAAUGUUUAAGAGUUGAAGGAUUGCAUAUACAGUUGAUUUUUUUUCCUCAGUGCAAAAAAAAAGUCUCAAAAUAGGUGUCGUAGGCACACAAAGAGGGUAAUUUAUUGCUAUUUAUUGUGGAAUGUCGUGGAGUGCUAUCAAGGGCAAUUCAGUCAUAACUCUGUAUCUAAGCAGCAGUGUGUGUUGUUCUCUGGUUAGCGUAAGAUGAGACAAAUGUCUAUGUACAGUCACAGAAUACCUUGAUAUUGUUUGUCACCAUUUGUAAUAAACAACCAAAGGCACAAUA